AUGGGCGACUGGGCGCCGCACGAGGGCGGCGUGCAUCAGAUCUGCCAGCUGCUGGCGGAAUUCCAGAAGCCGGGGUGCAACCAGGCGCAGAUCUACCAGCAGCUGAACACGGCCACGCAGAACCCGGAGUUCAACAACUACCUGGCUUACAUACUGGGGAGCUCCGAAAACUUGCCCGUGGAGGUCCGACAGAGCGCCGGACUGCUGCUGAAGAACAACCUGAAAGGGCAGAUCGGCACCACAAAGCCGGAAUAUAGGCAGUACAUACAG